AUGGAUGCGCAGAAUGCUGCCGAGUCGGACCAGACGAGGCCUGCUGACGCUCCUUCGCCUCUACGGCAGCCGGGCUGCGAGCUUGAGCGCAGGCCCAAGUCGCCGACGAGCCUCAGGGCAUCGCCCCCCCCUAGGGACCAGAAGCCCAAGGCGAAUGAUGCCACCGCCGCCGCUGAUGCAUUUUUGACAGCCCGCCCCGGCGGCGACGUGCCCGGAGAUCGCGACUCCGACGCCGAGACCAUCGUGCUGCCGGGCAAAGAUGGCCAUUCUCCUUCCAAGGCUCGAAAGGUCAGACAGGAGGACAAGAGCGAAAGCGAUGGCGAGGCAGGUGCACCUGGCAACCACCUGGGUGACGGUGCAGCAAAGAAGCGCGUCGCGGCCUCCGGAUCCUUUGAUAAGGACCGUCGCCCUCGCAACAAAGAGGGCGGUUCCAGCGGCUUGAGCUCAGCACCUGAUUCCCCAACCCCAAACCAAUCGCAGCAGCAGCAACAACAGCAGCAACAGCAGCAACGUCGCUCCGACGCCGGCCUCUCGUCACCGUCCGACUCGGAGCAGCAUAGCCACCAUAAAUUAUCCUCUUCAAAGGCGCUGUUGCGUGACAAGCUCAAGUCGGGCGAGCGCUUACUGCCGCACAAACGAAAGGCCCCCAAAGUCGAGUCCGACGACGAAGUGGACUGCCGCAAGGCUCGGCGCCAACGCACCACGAGUCCACGACAGCAUCGGCGGAGCAUUUCCACGCAGCUCCCUUCCCAGUCCUCCAACGGUCUCCACUUCAAGAAGAAGCGUCUGCCGCCGCCCCUGCAGUCCACCGAUUACCACUCCGACGACUCGUCCGCCGGCGGGAGCCCCCACCCGCGCAGCUCCAAGCUGCGUAGCCUCGCGACCCCAGUGACGGCGGACUCCAACAUAUCCCCGGCCAAGAUGGCUCCACACAAGAAACAUCUCGACGCUCACGGACAGACUCUUCUGGCACGUGCAUGUGCCCGGGGUGAAUACGAGACUGCCAAGCAGCGGCUGGGGGAGCGACCCGAGGACCUGAACGUGGCCGACUACGCAGGCAACACACCUCUGCAAAUUGCGGCAAUUAAUGGUUGCGAGGACAUCGUCAAGCUCUUGAUCGAGGCUGGGUGCAAUCUGGACUGUGUCAAUUACGACAAGGACACUCCACUGCUCGACGCCGUCGACAACGGCCACCUCGGGGUCGUCAAGCUUCUCUUGGAUGCUGGGGUCAACCCCCGCAAAGCCAAUGUCAAUGGCGAGGAGCCCCUCGACCGCGUUAGCGAGGAUACAGACAACGCCGACGACAUUCGCGCCGCGCUCAUGGCCGCCCGAAAACGCGCGGGGGAACGCCGACGGACCUCGGAAGACCGCACCUCUCACCACGACUACCAUGACUCGCACGCCCCGGACAGCCCUCGUCGUUCACCAGCAGCCCUGGCGUCGGCUUCGACGGGGCGGAGGAGCGGGACUGUCCGCUCGACCAAGACGAGGAACGAUCUGCUGUACAUGCCUCUCGACGAUAAGACCCUGCGUCAGGCUGCCGGUCGAGGCGACGAGGAAACCGUGGCGCGCAUCCUGCAGGUCAAAGAGGGGUACGAUGACCCGGAAUCCAUGGUCGCCGCGGCCCGAGGUGGGCACGACCUCGUGAUUCAGUUACUGUUGGGCCUGGGAGGCGCCAACGCGGACCCCGGCCCGGCCCCAUCCUUGCCAUCCGAGUUUGCAACGCCUGUACUCGCUGCCAUAGGCCAAGAGAACAUCAAGGUCAUCGAGCUACUCUUGGAGCAGCAGGGCUUCGACCCCACCCGGAGAUUCAAGGGAGAAACCUACUACGAGAUUGCCAGACGUCGCCAGGGUACGAACUGGAAAGAAGAAGAACAGAUGCUGAAGAACGCCUACGAUGAAUACAAACGCUCCCACAAGGAGGCUCUCACGACCAAAUCCCCGGGAGGACGACGGGAGCGCGAAAGGGACAGAGAAGACAAACUUGCGCGACGCGACGAUUCCAAGGAACUGUCCAGGAUUCACAAGCGCAAUCACUCGAGCCCGUCACGGGAAGGCGAACCCAGGAAGAAGGGCACUGUGCCCAAGAUCAGCAGUCCCCGCGAAAAGAAGCGAAUUGAUUCACUCAAAGAUGCCUCUCACGUCUCGGACCGCGAGGUUUCGCCUGCAGUUCCUCACAAGCCUCAGAAGGCCAAGCGCACCGAGUCAGACGUCACAGGCAUGUCCUCUGAAGGGGAGACCGCUAAGCCUAGGAGGAAGCUGGUAUCCAAGGGGGAACUGAGCAGAGAGCGGGACAGGCAAAAACGCGCAAUCAAGGAGCCUGCAAGCCCCCGCGAUUCGAGGACUGACGAGGGCACGGACAAGUCCAAGCUAUCGGAAAAGUACCACAACAGAACCAAGGCCUUGAAGCGCGAUGAAUCGAGGGACCAUUCCCCCGGGGAAGGGGCGACGAAGAGACACCGGUCCAGCGUGACGCCCGAUCGGCCUAGCGACGGCGACAAGGACCAUGUCGACGGAGCAGUGAAGCGACGGCGACUGGACGUAUCGUCUCGUGACAUCUCAGCGAAACCGUCCGUGACGGGGAGUAGAAAGGAGCGUGAUGAUGGUUCAAAGGACGGUCAUGAUCAGCGAGGCCCUUCACACUAUGGGUCUGGGCGAAUAAAUAACAUCGGGGUCGAGAAGUCGAUCCACGUUAAGUCCGAGGAUGUCGACGUGCCCAUGCUGGACAUAGACCGACCGGAGGCCAACGACAAAGCAAACACUUCCCGGAUUGAGAGCGACGAAGACGAGCUGGCGAAGAAGAGGGAGCUGGCGGAACAGGAAGCGAAGAAGGAAGAAGAGCGGAAGCGACUCGAAGCCGAGGAGAAGAAGAGGAAACUCGAGGAAGAAGAGGCUCGAAAGUGUGAAGAAGAGGCUCGAAAGCGUGAAGAAGAGGCUCGGAAGCGUGAAGAAGAGGAGAGAACACGCAAAGCCGAGGAGGAAAGGAAGAAACAGGAAGAAGAGGAAGCUCGGAAACGCCAGGAGCAGGCAGAGCGCGAACGACGUGAGGCCGAGGAGGCUGCCCGAUUACAAGAAGAAGAGAAGAAGCGGCGGGAGGAGGAGAGGAGAAUGAAGGAAGAGGAAGAACGCAAGCGGCGCGAGGAGGAAGAGCGAUUGCGCAAGGAACAAGUCGAACGCGAGGCUGCCGAAGAAGCCCGUCGACUACGCGAAGAGGAGGAGCGCAAAGAACGAGAGCGCCGGGAGCGUGCCCAUCGCGAGGAAGUCGAGAGAAAACGAGCAGCGCGGGAAGCAGAACAGAGGCGCAUCCGUGAGGAGCAGGAGCGCAUCCGACUCGACAAACUGCCCCCUCUGCUGCGAUGGCUCGACAUGUGUGCAAACCCCAAAACGACUGUUGUUGCUGAGCAAUUCAAACGCAUGCUGGGCGCGCGAUACGACACGAUCCGCCAGGAAGCAAACGGCACUCCCGCAGGCCGCGAGCUGUGGGUUCUCAACACGCACGUGGCAUUGCUUUUAGGCGAGAAGGACCUCGAUCUUUCCAGAUACACAGCAUGGGAGCGAGCACCCGUCUCAUCUCUUGCGAAGCUCACGAUCUGGAGAACCGAGUGGACCCGCUACGCUCUCAUCUCGGACAAGCUUUGGGAUCUUGGACGGCAACUUCCAGGCUACUAUGGCGACGAAGACCCAUCCGCCAUGAACUUCGAUACAAAGGAGCGGCUUAAAAAUGCAGCGUGGGAGAGAUUCCUCGCCAUGGACAUGUUCUUUGUGAAGGUGUCCGAUCUCCUGUACACGGUGCCGCACAUACCGCAUCUACGAAACGUCAAGCUCGCCGUAGAAUAUCGAGAGCUUUUGGAAAGUGAAGAGCAGGCCAUUGGAUGGAAGAGCGCGCAGAAGUGGAAGCAAGAUCCCGGCGCCGAGCGGUUUUAUGGCUUCGCGCCUCGCAACAAGUACUACGUCAACGGAGAAAUGGUUGGAGAGGAUGUCCCGGCCCGCCACCAGACCAGCAAAACGCCGUUUCCAGAAGCCCGCGUUCCACGACGAGGCCUGGUGCAGGUGUUUCCCGACGACCCAGACUAUGAGCGUAUCUGCCUAGACCAGGGCCUGGAUCACCUAAUCAAGGGGCCUCACACCCCUCCCGUGGUGAACGGAGUCCACUCGUCGCCCAGCAGUCAGACGACGACUCCGGCCAAGCCCGUGGUGAACGGCGCAAACGGGCACCCGACACACGAAUCGACAAACGGCCCCACAGCCACGAAUGGGGUGACUUCGAACGGCGUCAACGGCUCCUAA